UUUAAAAUAUAAUAUAAUUUGACAAUAUUUUGUUUACUCUUUUAAAAGAUAUCAAAUAUAAAAUAACACAAUCCUAUUGGUUGGUGAACGUCUCUAGGUGAACCCAAGAAUAGGUCUCUCUUAGAUACUCCAUCCGUUUCAUUUUAAUUAUCGUUCUAGGUUUAUGCAUACAGAUUAAUAAAACAUAUGAUUUUGUAUAUUUCUAAAAUAAAAUCACAAUUACCAAUACACCUAACCAUAUUUAAACCAAUAGAAAAAUAAAGUAGAUAAUCUUCUUAAUAAAUUUUGCAUUGAAACACUAAAACGACACUUAUUAUGAGACAAAAUUUUUUCGCUACAACGACAUUUACAUCAAAACGGAGGGAGUAUUCAUUAUUUAGCAGAAAUAUUAUUCUCUUUCGAUCCAAAAAAGCAGAAAUAUUAUUUUCUGUGUUUCACAAAGAGUGACACUUCGACAUUUUUUACACAUAUUAAAAAACUGAUUAAAAUGCAUUUAUGUUUUCAUUAAUGUCAUUUAUUUAACCAAUAACAUUUUAGAUAAAUAAAUUUAUUCAUAAAAUCAAUGCAUUUUACAAUUAACAUUGAGUUAAAAAUAAAUAUAAAUCGAAUUAAAAUUAUAGAAUGAUAGUUUUAUGUAACACAAAAAAUUCUGAAGUGACACUUAAUACGAAACAAAUAAAAUAUAAUCUAUGAUGGGAUUGAGAACUAUUGAACAUCAAGACAUCACAUCUAAUCUCAUAUGCCACGUGAACUAUUCCAUAAAGAAUGUCAUUAAGUUUAUAUAAAAUAUAAUUAAUCAAUCUUAGAAGUUUAGUUGAAAAAUCAAACAAAAAUAACUUUAGGUUUAGAGUAAUUUCGUGUUUUUACAUUUAUUCUUUAGAUAUUUUUUAAUAAAUAUUAUAUAUUCAUUUCAUCCCAAAACGAACAUCGGAAAGCUACAACUUCUAGUGUACUGGAAAACGGUGUAACCUAGGUUACAAGUGAAAAAUCCAAAAAAAAACUACAACACAAAUCAAAAGCAUAGAAGAUAUAAGUCAUAGGAAAGAAAGCAUAGAGGAAACUGAAGCUUCCUACUCCGGUUGGACACAAUGUUCAUCAGAUCUUCGGGCUUCACUAGCUCAGGUUGUCCAAUCCCAAACCGUUCUGUCACCAUCAACCAGAGAUCACACACUGGAGGAUCCCGCAGACAUAAGAUGCUGACAUCGAUGGAAGACGUCUUUUAACUUUAACCGUCGUUUACUGAGAAAAAUAUUCUUCGUUUCACAAGUUUGAAGCUUCACAUAUCUAAAUCCCUACGAGCACAUGAGCGAGGAUUCCAGACCGACGAGAAACAAGUUACCAGAAACCGCUAUCCUGGAAAACAGAUCCGCCAACACCAAAACCCUCACGACAAACAGAGAUCGAUCUGAGCUCUGAUGAUUAACUAGCAGAAGUCGGUGGUCUCACUAUCGUCCUCAGAACAGCGAGCACACACAGAAUAACCGACGAGCCACUAGAGCAAACAGAUCUUAUAGUGGUCUAUCGUGAAUAGACCCGUCCGGUUAGCCACAUGGAGAGAGAUACCGCCAUGACUCUUUAGAAAGUUAGUUAAUCCGUCAAGUAGAGCAUAUUCCGAGUGAGGGUGACCCUAGCAACUCCAAUAGAGGCACCGUAUGUCGUUGAAUCUCCACCCACAGUGACUACAAGAUUAUUGAUUAGAGUAAAUUAAGAGAGGGACGUGUGUUAUUCAAACGCCACUCAAAAGCUUUUUUAAAAAUUAGAUGAUUAAAUUUAAGGUUUAACAUUAGAACCGAGAUUAGAGUUGAAAUUUAGAAUUUAGAGUAAUUUUGUUUUUAAUGUUAUUUUAAGGUCCAAUAAAUAUUAUUUUUAAUUUGUUUUUUCUUAUGACUAUGUGAUAUCAUUGUGAUAAAAUGCAGAUUACUAAUAUCAGUAGGACUUGUCCAUAUCAACCGAAAUGUUGCACCGACUCGGUUCGGUUCAGUUCACGGGUGCUAUUAAACAUCGUGUAGUUGUCAAAACAUGAAAACGUCACAAAGUUCUUCCAUGGAAAACCAAAAGGUUCAGAAAUACAGAAUCACCUCUUCCCUCUCUAGGGCACGAAAGCGCGGGAAGCCAAAACAAAAAUCUCAGUGAUCCACCGAUCAUGCCGCACUGCAGGCAGAUCCGUCUACUCCCUUGUGCUUUUGCGAAUUAGGGUUCAUCUCGCUCGAAUCGAAUUAGAAAAAAAGGAGAAAUGGUCUGGAAUUACCCAGAAAUUUCCAAGGAAGAUUUCACGAAGCUACUGAAAGGGUUUGUAGAUUUGCUCAUCCUCGCAUCUGGGUUUCAAUCUUCUGGCGUUCCCGCUCACUGGGACGCCGAGAAUUGCAGGAAAGCUCUUCAAUGGGGUCUCUUCUUCGAAAACAUGUUAAGAAGCAUUAAUAGUUCAGAGAGAUUUGGGGAAACUGUUAGUGAGGUUGAGGAAGCUAUAUCAGAGAUGAAAUCGAACCCCUUGUUCCCAAAGGUGGGUUCUGACUUGCAGGGUAUGGAGAAUCUGUCGUCAGAUACUCUCUCAAAGGGAAGAGAGUUUGUCCUAGAGCAUUUGAUGAAUAACUCAACGUUGAAGGAUACGCAACUCCAAGUUGUUCUGGUAGCAGCUGUGGAGUCCGGUGAGGGCAUUAUAGACGUAAUUGAUGGGAAGCUCAGUGAGAGGCAAGCUGUUGUGUCACGUGUAUCAGAGCUUGAGACUGGUUUGAAGAUCCUUUCCAAACAAGACAAGGACACAACUUUGUUGGGUGGAGUACAACAGCCUAUUGAGCUUGUAACAUGGAACAAAUGGCAAUCAAAAGGUUUGUCUUAUUUUCUGAGUAAGAGAACUUUGAGAUUGGUAUCGGGAGCCAGCUUGAUAUUUUCUGCACCGAGAGCUCAGUGGGCAGAGGUGUUGAGAAGGCUGCACGUUUCAGCUGAGAACAAAGAGGAUAUAUUCGUGGAAAAGAUUGAGCUACUGUUACUAGGAUGCGUAACAAGCAGAUGGACUCAUUUAAUCGAAGGUAUCAUGUCAGUUUCUUACAAAACUGUCACCGUGUCAGAACAAUACGAGGAGUUGUGUAAGCUACUUCUUCAAAAAUCUAAAGGUUUAAAACAGAAUGAGAUCGCUUUGACUUCAAAGGUUGAAGAGAUUCUUGAGUAUCUAACAGAUAUAUUAAAGAAUCGUUCUCAUCACCUCUGGAAAUUGCCUUCUGCCCUUACCGCAGCUGCAAUUCCACCAUGGUCACCACUUUUUGCUCUGUAUUUUGGCGGAAUGGAGAAACAGUUGAAACUAGACCUCUCAGCAACCAGAUGUUGUAGCUGCGAUAAAGAUCUAAAGGAGCAUAAGGACUGUGAGCUCGCGGAAAGAGUCUGGUGCUUGUACGUAUUCCAUAUUCUCUGCAGAUGCCACCAAACAAUUUAAUGGGUCUUAAACCAUACAAGAAGAUCAGUUCAUCAUGAUCAUAUUGAUGCAGAUAUUUUUUGUGCCUUAGCUUGUAGAUGAAAACAAAAAAAAAGUUUGAUAUGUAUGCUUUCAAUUUCAGUCACCAUCUAUUCAGUAAAUGGAUAAGUAACAGGAAUGAAUCGUUUUUUUUUCUGUAAUUGAAGAUAUUUCCUUUGCUUUUAUUUUUGGUUGUUAUGAAAAUUGAAUUCUCUAUGCUGUUGUUA